GAAGAGGCCAUGGAGCACAGCCACAUCUUCCCUGUUUUUUCCCCAAAUGGCAGCACCUGGAGCCCGGGGCAGCAUCCCUCUGAGGUUGCCCAGGGAUGCCCUCUCGGACCACUGCCUGUUAUCUACUACAGCGUCCUGCUCUGUCUCGGCCUGCCGGCUAACAUCCUGACAGUGGUCAUCCUGUCCCAGCUGGUGCUGCGUCGUCAGAAGUCCUCCUACAACUAUCUCCUGGCUCUGGCAGCCGCCGACAUCCUGGUCCUGCUCCUCAUCGUUUUUGUUGACUUCAUAUUGGAGGAUUUUAUCCUGGCCACGCCGCUGCCUCCGUCACUGAACAGUGCAGUGCAGGUCCUGGAGUUCUCCUCCAUCCACACCUCCAUCUGGAUCACCGUGCCUCUCACCAUUGACCGCUACAUUGCUGUUUGCCACCCGCUGCGCUACCACACGGUCUCCUACCCGGCCCGCACGCGAAGGGUGAUAUUUGCUGUGUAUAUUGGGUGCUUGCUGUCUGCAGCUCCUUAUUACUGGUGGCCUGAGCUGUGGCACAGCCUGCCUGGGGUGGGCAGUGGUGGUGGAGGAGAAGGCAACAGGAGAACCGUGGCCCAGCAUGUCCUGGUGUGGGCCCACUGCACCACCGUCUACCUCCUCCCCUGCACCGUCUUCUUCUCCCUCAACGCUGUCAUCGUUCGCAAGCUGCGCAGACGCCGCAGCUGCUUCCGUCUGCGCGGCUACUCGACCGGCAAGACCACCGCCAUUCUCCUCGCCAUCACCUCCAUUUUUGCUGUUCUGUGGGCACCCCGCACCCUCAUGAUUCUCUACCACUUCUACUCCCCUCCCCCGGCCUCGCAAGGCGCCGGCCGACUGCUCCACAUGCUCACCGACCUGGCGAACAUGCUGGCAUUGCUCAACACCGGCGUCAACUUCUUCCUCUACUGCUUCAUCAGCAAGCGUUUCCGGGGCAUGGCGGCCAACGUGCUGCGAGCCCUCGUCCACUGCCGGAAGCAGCCGCCGCCGUUCUACGCCAGCCACAACUUUUCCAUCACAAGCAGCCCCUGGAUCUCACCGGCCAACUCCCACUGCAUCAAGAUGCUGGUGUACCAGUAUGACAAAAACGGAAAGCCCAUCUGCAUUUCCUCUUGA